GUCAGAGUGAAGACCAGACGCAGCUCGGUGAGUUCCCGCUUCAUCUUCUAACAUCUGCGCGUCCUCUUCAUCCUCUGUGGGUAAAUCUGUGCUGCGCGGCGGCUCCUCUUCUUCUUCACUCUCUCGCUGUGACGAGUUUCUCUAACAAUGGCUCCUCGUAAAGGGAAGGAGAAGAAGGAGGAGCAGGUGAUCAGUCUGGGUCCUCAGGUCGCUGAAGGAGAGAACGUUUUUGGCGUCUGUCACAUCUUCGCUUCCUUCAACGACACGUUCGUCCACGUCACCGACCUCUCCGGGAAGGAGACUAUCUGCCGCGUGACCGGGGGGAUGAAGGUGAAGGCCGACAGAGACGAGUCCUCUCCCUACGCCGCCAUGUUGGCCGCUCAGGACGUGGCUCAGCGCUGCAAAGAGCUCGGGAUCACCGCCCUGCACAUCAAGCUGCGGGCGACCGGCGGAAACAGGACCAAGACUCCAGGUCCUGGAGCUCAGUCUGCUCUCAGAGCGCUGGCUCGGUCCGGCAUGAAGAUCGGACGCAUCGAGGACGUCACUCCGAUCCCAUCGGACUCGACCCGGAGGAAGGGCGGACGUCGUGGUCGCCGUCUGUAAACUGCAGGAAGUUUUCUGAUAAUAAAAAGAUUAAAGUCAAAA